AUGUCGGCCGAAGACUUCGAGUCACUGCCUCCAGCAGUGCGAAGAAAGUUCUUCUCGAAUGUUGAGCGUUUGCGCAUUCGGCUAGCCCAGAGCGAUCACAGUUCUCCUACCUGCUCCACGUCAAACUAUCAGACGGAUAAUCGGACCUAUCGAGCCCCUCGUCCUGGGUCUGAUUAUCAUUCGCGUGGUUUACGGAACGGAUCGACUAGGAAGCGAGGACUUGAGAAACGUUCUUCCCCUUUCAAGAAAUUACGCAAACCAGGCUCUCUUCAAUUGGCUUACUUGGCCGCCCAGGCGGAUUCUCAAUGCUUCCAUUCUCUCCCCGCUAAGGUCCAACAAAAGCUUUUCUCGCCUGAAGAACGAAAACGUUUGAGGAACGCCUAUCGACAAAGCCUCAUCUACGACGCUGCCGACGAAGCUUACCAACGAGAUAUCGGCCGAGAUUCUGGGAGCUGUCGCCCUUCCACUGAAAGUUACCGCUCCCAGGAGACUGUUCCUGUUUUUCAGCCAUCGACCGUCUUCUAUUCAGACUCUGAGUCGGACGAAGAGGACUCAAACAUGGAUCAAACAUUCCAUGACAGUUUCCGGUGGCUCGACGACGGUGGCGAUCUCGACUUAUCGCUCGAUGAAUACCACGCUCAUGUGGCAGAUGCUGCCACGAGGAAGAGAUCUCGCUCCUCUUUCCGUCGCUCCUUAUCCUUUUCAAACCAACUUCGCAAAACAUUAGAAAUUACACCCAUUUCUCCUCGGGGACUCCCGCCUGUCAGCCGAUCUCAGCCUCUAGCUCCCCUCUCCAACCAAACCUCCGAAUCGCGCCCAUCAUCCCGCCAUCGAUUUCAACAUGUCCCUAAAUCAUCCACCUCUACCAUCGACCCCUAUGCACAAUACUACCAAGACCCCGAUGCUCGUUUGAAGUUGCGCGUAUACCUGGCAUCCCCACAAAAAUUCGACGAAGCUAUUGAAUUUGGAUUUCCCUCGCUAGAUCAAAACAAUAAGGAGAACAUCGCACAAGAACCGAUUUCAUUGAAACCAACCACACCAAAUCAUACCUCCUCACAGAAACCAACCCUAGUCAAUUGGGACUUUGGCACAUUCUUCGAAGAUGACGAUGGCACCAUGGUGGGGAGCCCAGGGGGGUCGGUGGAGAAUGAAUCAAUCCCUUCGCCCAUGCUCACACAGCGGGACGCGUCCCGUCCCUCCGUGGAAUCCCCAGCCCUUUUGCAACGACGCCAAUCCUGGCUGCUUGGGACGAAGGGGGUCCCACAACGGCUUCCAGGAAACCGUGAGAUGACUCUGAAAAUGACCCUCACUCGGCCUGACCUCCGAACCAACUCUCCCACCCCUCCUACUUCUUCCAAAGAAAUGGAAGAUCCCUUACGACUGGCUGAACUCCCACCUGCGGAUCGCAGCCAAUCAAUCUGGGACUCUGACAUGGAUGAGCAAGGUAUGGUGAGGAAGAUGUGGCGCAAACUCCGACGCCGAGUUUGA